AUGUCUACGCCAGGAAGAGACACAGGAGACGGAGACGAGAGACGAGAAAGACGCAGAAGACAGACAGAGAGGAAGUUUUCUUUUCCCCCAGCUACGAUCGAAGCUAGGAUGAGCACCAGCAGGAGGGAUGAAGGCAGACAAGAAGAGGCAGAAGAGGAAGGGGAAAAAAGGAAACACAGCUCUUACGUUAAAGGGGACGCCUAUGGAACCAUGUUGAAGAAAGGCUGA